GGUCGUGUUCGACAAAACUACUUAUCUCCGAUUAGUAAACAGUCCUUUGUAGACUUCUUUUAAGAUAGGGAAGGUGUUUAAAGUGAAAAGGGGCGCAACUGAGGCUUAUCCGAUUACCACCCGCUUCUCUCUCUCUAAUCGUCUACUUGAGUUGAAGCUAUCAGCCAUGGCCAGCACCGCACCAAACCUGCAUUCUCUCUCCUCGACAUUCACCCUUUCUAACCGUUCCUCUAAUGUCUCUGCUACUUCUUUCUCUUUCCAAAUUCCCAGAAAAACCCCACAAUUUUCAUGCCUUUCCUCCAAAAAACCAGCAUUUCUUCACCCAAUUCACCUUACCACUGCUGCUUCUUGUACCCAGAAGGGUUUCAAUGCUCUUGAUGCAGUUUCUCCGAUGAAGAAGCCUGGCUUUGGCAGGAAUCUGAUGGUUGCCCAGGCCACCGAAGCAGUUGCACCAGCCACAGAGGAAGCAGCUGCUUCUCAACCCAAAACCUCAAAGAAGAAUAAAAAAGUGAAGUAUCCUCGGAGAGUACUUGAUGUGUAUCAGAUCCUUCAAGUCCCUAUCAUUACUGAGGCUGCCAUAAAGAACAUUGCUGACGAGAACUCACUGAUGUUCACUGUUGAUGUUCGUGCUGACAAAAAGAUGAUUAGAGAUGCUAUCUGCAACUUUUUUGGUGUGAAAGUUCGCAAAAUAAACACUUUGAUAAGGCCUGAUGGAACAAAGAAAGCAUAUGUCAUGUUAAGUAAAGAGUACAAUGCUUCAGAUCUCGCGAAGAAGAUAGGAAUCUUCCCAAGCAGUAGCUAACUUUAAAAUUUUGUUAGAUGUAUAGUUGUGGCCUUCUUUCUCCUUUCUUGACGAGGGCAGCUGUGUUGGAGCCUUGUUUGGAAAUAGAAUCACUAGUUAUUUGCAAUUAUCAAGUAUUCCACUGGUUGCGUUUCAAGUCUCCAGCUGUUGUAAGGUGAAUGUGUUUUUGGCCAUUGUGUAUCAAGCGUGUAACUUCUGUCUGCUGUGCAGUAAUAUUUCUCUUCAGUUUUACUCAUUCUUUGUUUUCUUCUCGAGCAACACUGGUUGGAGUAUUCCGUUCUGUAUUUUUGUGUUUUGCAAACACUGUUGUAUUGGUAAGGUUGAGGCUGGUAAAUUACUGUCUUAGUCAGUGGAUGAGAGCUGGGUUGAAAAAGUUUAUAUCAGGUGGUCAAGGUGGAAGCAAACAAUGCUUCCUAUCAUUGUUUUUUGACUGGAUGUACUAGUGUACUGCUUUGCAAAUGAAUUCACCUACUAGCUUUAUCUUA